AAGUUAGAUGGCUGUAACAAGAUGACCUGUACCGGCUGUAUGCAGUACUUCUGCUGGAUCUGCAUGGGUUCUCUCUCCAGAGCCAACCCUUACAAACACUUCACUGACCCUGACUCUCCAUGCUUUAACAGACUGUUCCAUGCUGUGGAUGUUAAUGGAGACGUUUGGGAAGAUGAAAUUGAAGACUAGUUCAUUUCUUCUGCUCGCCGUAUAGAAAUGGAAUGGUUUGCCCUAAUCUAUCGUCAAGUACACAAAGAAACCUUGCAAGAUGUUUAGGGUGCCAUAUAUUCACUCUUCCUGUGUAGAAGGAAGAACAGGGUUUAUAUUUUUCUUUGGUACUACUGAUUAAGGCACAUAGAUUUUUUUCCAUGUAACAUAAUUCCGAACAAUUAUAUACCAAAGGUUCAGAAAUGAAAACUAUAGAUUAAAUAUUAUAAUAUGCCCAAACUGUGGAUAGUUAUAAAGUAAAUAUUUAUUUUCUUCCCCAAGCUUUAGGUUAGGGAGAGGGUCAAGAGUUAAACUUUCAGACUAUGUCCAAGAAGCCUGACAUUGUUGGAGCCCUCUCAGUACUAUACCUUGCAGCUAGGGACAGUCACAGCCCUAUUGACACUGCACUGAGAGCCUGACCCAUUUGCUGUAUACUGCAAACUCUUUCUUCAGUUCCCUUUGAAGGGAGCCUUCUACUCUGUAACUGACCAGAUGUCCCAGUGUCAUUCUGAUUUACCACUUUCCAGAAUAGAAAUUUACAAUAAAUUUAAAGAUACUGUUAGCACACAAGCCCUGUGGGUCACUUGGUAUUUAUGAAUGGUGUAUUGAAUCCACUAGUUUAGAGCCAACUGUGGGCUUGAAUGAUUCUGGUUCAGAGCUCCUCCUUCUGCUCGCCUGGACAGAAGGCUCAGAGCUGUCUCUGCCACAUUUUGUUCUCCACUCUCUCCUUUGCUCCCCUGCCUUCUGUUGGCAAGGGCAGUUUUAGUCUUGAUUUCAGCAGUGUGUUGUUUCCUCUGCUGGAGUAGGAAAGAGCCACCAUGGUUCUGGCCCCAACCUUGUGAACACAUGGGUCCUCUAGUCACCAAUAGGAAUUUGGCUCCCCCCCUUAGAUGCCAGUGUUUGGAGUGGUAUUUAUAGCUUGAUAGUUGGAUUUUAUUUCUGGGUUUUACUGGCUUUUUGGAAAACUGUCUUCCUCAUGAUUUGAUAAGUGGCUUGGUAGCCUCUUGGUGAUAUUUUGAAAAUGACAGUAAUUGACCUGCGUCUUGUGAACACAUGUUUUCUACUUUAACACUGAAAAUUAAGGAAUUGCUUAAUUGUCAGCACAGACUGAUUCUGGAUUGUCAGUGAGGAUGCUUAAUCUUAAAUAAAAAUAGUUUAAAAUUCAUCCUACAA